AUGGGCACCAACGGCACGCUGAAUGCCUACAUUCAACCUGCAGCGUCUUCAGGCAGUGGCGUGACAAUGGGAGCGUGCAGAGACUCUAGUGGUUCCCCCUCGCCCACCUCUUGGCAUCUCAUCGCCGCUUGCCCUACCACCGUAGUCUCGUCUUCUGCCAAUACGGCAAUUCGACGUCCCCUCUUGGCCAACAAUGCGGUUGCGGCACUACCGGAUGUACAGGAAAGAAAGUCUUUUGCAUCCAAGAUGUCGGGAGUAUUGUUCCCUCAAAAAUCCAGUAAAAUCCGUGUAAAAGCCUUAUUUUUAAACACAGCAGUCCAAUUUGUAGACCAAGUUCACUGCGAAAAUCGACAGUUUUCCUCACCUCCAUCCGCAUCAAUGAUCCUACUGCCACCGAGAGCCACUUCACCCAUCACCACAUCGAAACAAAAGGGUUUUGGAGAUCAAAACCACCAGCAACAGCAACUGGAACCACAACCGGCGUACAGUGAUGGCUCAAACACCUACUACGUCAUCAAUCUCGAUCAUCGAGGGACCACCACCACCCCCGCCGCCGCCGCCGCCGCCUUAGCGUCGAAGGGUGGUCUGCUUCAUCCUCAUCCUCAACAAUCGUGUCUCACUCCACUGGCACCAGGACCGGACUCGAGCUACGUCUAG